GUGGUGUGUGAGAACUAUAACAUAUGAUAUCAGGGUGAUCUAAGCGAAUUACCGUAUUGACUAUGAAACUAUUACCGAAAAAAUUUAAUGAGCUGGGUGUAAUGUUGUAAUACUUAUGUUUUUGUUGUAUGUAGGUGGUGUGUAAGAACUAAAACAUGUGAUAUUGAGGUGAACUGAGCGAAUUGCCGUAUUGACUGUGUAACCAUCUGCUGGAAAAAUUUAAUAAGUUGGGUGUAAUUAAUUAAUGUUGUAAUACUCGCGUUUUUGUUGUACGUAGGUGGUGUGUGAGAACUAUAGAAUGUGUGAGAUUAAGGUGAUCUGAGCGAAUUGCUAUAUUGAUUGUGUAACCAUUUGUUAGCCCUCCGUUUUGAUUUUGAGGAGGGUUCCUUGAGGGAACCCUCAUUUUGGAAAUCAUGGAUGGAACUUACCUGUGAAACUUUGAAAUUAUUGUAAGGUGUCUUAGACCCUCAUUCUAGUAAUUCUGUAAGGGAGGCGAAUCGCCCCCCUUGUGAGAAUUUGAUUUUUGAAAUCUGGAUGUGAGUCCCAGGUUGGGACUCACAUGUUUUUCCUAAAGUGGGUCCCUCGAGGGCACCUCUUUUUGUGAAACAUUGGGAUUACUAUAUGGAGGAGACAAAUCUGAUAUUUGCGAUAGUUUGUCUAGGUCUUAUUUGGAUGUAUAUGAAUAAGACUAGUGAGGAUAGGAAAAUGUUUGCAGGGAGUUUGCGAAAGAGAUGGUCGGCCCCUUACUUGCAAGAGUUUGUUGAGAAUGAUGAUGGAGUUUAUGAGGGAGAUGUUAUGAGAGAGCGUGAUGAUGGUCAUUUUGUUAGGUUUACUUGAAGUUUACUUGAGGUUUACUUGAAGUUUACUUGUAAGAUAACUUAAAUCUACUUGAAAUUUACUUGUAAGAUAACUUGAAUCUGUUGGUAAGAUAUCUAUGAUUUACUUGUAAGAUAACUUGAAUCUACUUGUAAGAUGUCUUAAAUCUACUUGCAAGAUAUCUACUAAGAUAACUUGAAUCUACUUGUAAGAUGUCUUAAAUCUACUUACAAGGUUAUCUAUGAGCAUCUAUGAGUUAUCUGUGAGUUAUCUAAAAUCUACUUGUAAGGUCAUCUAUAAUCAUUUAUGAGUUAUCUACAGGGUGUAUCAAAAAAAACUGAACAGAUUUAAAAUUGCUCUCAAUUUCGCAAAACAGCUAUUUGUAUCUGGUUUUUUAUAUAUAUAGCUUCUUUGGGUACUUAUAAUGUAAAAUAAUGAAAAAAAUUUCUCGAACUCAAAUUUUGUGAACCAGGGGGGUGUGUCUUUUCCAACAAACUAAAAAUGGCUCGCGCACAAAAUUUAAAAGCUGCAAUCAUAUUUUGAGUUAACAGAUGGAAAAUGUGUCGGGAUUUUAAUUACUGUACAAAAUUUCAGACAAUUUGGUUUAGUUUAAGCCCCUUAACUAUUCACGCAAAGUUACAAUUUUCCCGAAAAAUCAGCUAUUUGCAUGCUUAAUUAAUGCAUUUGCCUAAUUUGCAUAUGUCAGCAAUAUGCAAAUUAGGUAAAGGCUUAAUUAAGCAUGCGAAAGGCUGACUUUUUAGAACAAAAUGAAUAGUUAAAGGGCUUAAACUAAACCAAAUUGUCUGAAAUUUUGUACAGUAAUUAAAAACCCGACAAGUUUUCAAUCUAUCAACUCAAAAUAUUAUUACAGCUUUUAAAUUUUGUGCGCGAGCCAUUUUUAGUUUGUUGGAAAAGACACCCCCCCCUGGUUCACAAAAUUUGAGUUCGAGAAAUUUUUUUCAUUAUUUUACAUUAUAAGUACCCAAAGAAGCUAUAUAUAUAUAAAAAACCAGAUACAAAUAGGUGUUUUGCGAAAUUGAGAGCAAUUUCAAAUCUGUUCAGUUUUUUUUGAUACACCCUGUAUAAAGUUGGUGAAUGAAUCGUUCAGGUUGGUGGUAAUUCCUUGAGGUUGUGAGUUGACUAUGUUAAGUUGGGGAUUUCCUUGAAUCUUGCGGUAUUAGUUGCAACCUGCUGAGAAUUUUCUCUGAAUCUUGCGGUUUGAUUGCGGGACUUGUGCGGUCUGCUUGUAAACUUCGGUGGUGUUAAUAACAAUUCGUGCUUCUCCUGCUAGGAUUGAAAAAUACCGCUGGUAUAAUAAGUAUGGAGAGAGAAAUUCUCAUUUCCUCUUAUGGAAGACAACCUGGUUUCACCUGUAGAAAUAAGUUAAAACAUCAUGUAUAGUAUAGAUAAAGAAAUGUAUUCCAAGAGUUACUGUUGUGAUAAUAAGUAUGUGUUCCUUAAGAAUAGUAUCAGUAUUGCAGGAAGGACUUAUAAUAUUGAGGCAGGGAAGUAUGAGGUGUCCUCUGGGAAGACAAAAUCUGUUUAUCCUUCACAGGUAAAAAGAUGUGUAAGUAAGUAUGUGGAAAAGUCUGGGAUAGAUAUAGUUGUUAGUGUAAUUGUGAAAAUCAGAAAGCUACUAAACAGUGAAAAUCUUAAGUAUUGCCCUAGUAUAAGAUUCCAUCUUGUAAGAGUUUGUAGUGCGCUUGGAAUUGAGCCUAACGAACGAUUACGGGAUCUUUAUCCAUCUAAUAUUAAGGCUAAGCAUGAAUUCCUAUUCUACGGAAUAAUUGUUCCUACUAUUGGUCUCGAUGUGAGUAAGUGUAAGUACUUUCACGAGUGGUACAUAGAUCUUGAGCGAAGAGCGAGGGAUUCGGGGGAUAUUUGUAUUGGACCUGAAUGGAUAGAUUGGGAUGAUCGUUGGACGGAGUUCUGGUAUAGGGAAAACAAUGGGCUGAAUGACGGAUUUGUAAUAUGUGGGAGAGGAAGAUAGUUAAACCUAUGGUAUAAUAGAAAUGGAUGGUUGGAAGAAAUUCGAGUUUAAGAAGUUGUUGGAAAAAGAUCAUAGUGGGGAAGACUACCAUACGCUGUUAGAUUGUCUUAUGAAGGUUAGAAAGGUUGUAGAUGAGAUGGAAGGAGUUAGAAUGCCGGAGAGGCUGUUGAAGCGGUAAAAAGUGACCUCAAUUUCUCAUUCAGAGAAGAAAACGAGAAUAAAAGUGAUGUUUUUUAUAAAAAAUGUGUGUUAAAAGGACUCUAGAAGAGGCAAAUUGGUGAAAUCUCGGGAGUCGGGCGAGGUCUAAAAAAUUUUGAGAAAUAAGCAAAAAUGCGCUUGAAAUGGCUCUAGCGCAUGUAAAAUCACCGUUUUCAGAAAAUCAUUAAAAAUGUUGAACCGAUAUCCUUCCACCUCGAAAAUUUAGAAUCGCAUUCUGAGCACUAUUUUUGUGGUUGUAGAGGGUCUAGGAAGCGAAAAUCGAUAGAGUAAAAAAAGUGGUUGUAGAGGGUCUGUGAGCAGUAAUUUGUGAGUUGCCGAUGAUAAAUACAGCAUAAAAAUGGGGUUGAAACGGUCGUCUGAGACCCAAAAUUGGUACAUCAAAUUUGGGGUUGUAGAGCGUCUAGAAUCACAAAAAUGGUUAAUAUCCCAUGAAAAAAGUGGUAAGAUAUCGGCAUUUUACAUACUACUGAUCACAUCAGUCUGCUUUCCGAGAUCUAAUUGGCUGCCGAUGGUAUCUAAAACUUCAAUUAGUUGUGUCACGCAUGAUUUUCCGGAAAUGAAGCCAUGUUGGCAAGAAUUUAUUUGACUGAAAGCAUGUUCUUUGAUACUAAUGAAUACGCUACGCUCCAAGACUUUGGAGACAAGUGAGAGAAGAGAAAUUGGCCUAUAGUUUUCUACAUGAUCUUUAUCCCCCUUUUUGUGGAUGCAUGGGUACAGCAUUGGCAAGUUUCCAUUCUCGAGGUACUAUUCCACUUUUUAAGGACUUGUUAAACAGAAGGCAUGGAGAUGGAGCAAUUUGAUAUGCAGUUUUGGUAAGUAAUCUUGCUGGGAUUUCAUCUGGACCAUGCGCUUUGUUGUUAUCGAGAUUUCUUAAACCUGAGCGCACUGUUCCUUCUGACAAUAUAAUGUCAUUAAAAAUAGUGUUAGUGGUUUCGGAUAUAGAUUGAUGAUUAACAAUAUUGAUAGGAUCACUCGAGAAGAUUGAUACAAAGUAGAGGUUGAAAAGUGUUGCGAUGUCCCUAGGAUUCUCGGCAUAUUCACGAACAUUGUCGUGACUCGUUUUUAUUGAAAUUUUUUCCGGGACAGAACGUGUUGCACCUUUUAGUUUAAAUAGUGACCAGAAACGUUUGGAAUUAGUUUGGAUAUCAAUGUAAUCUAGUAAUCAUGAUUUUUUUCUGUGUUGGUGUAAUGUACUCAGGUGAAUAUGAUGCCUGUGCUGUUACUAGCGUAUAUCCACACCGCGGGCAAGCUUGAUAAAUAUGCCUGGCCACGGUGGGAAUCGAACCUGCGACAUAGUGCCUGCGACUUUCGGAAUACUAGCCCAAUGCUCUGCCCGACUACGCGGUCAGGUCGGUUCAUAUUUUUCAAGCUUGCCUGCGGUGUGGAUAUACACUCAGAGUAACAUCACAAGCAUCAUAAUAUUCACCUGAGUACAUAACACAGAAAAAAUUGUUAUUUUUGUUACAUAUUUAGAAUAUUUUUGGCGUGUACAUGGAAAUUGAACGUUUUAUGUGGAAGCACUUUUGUUGAGGGGCACUAAGGAUCUUUCAGGUUACUUAUGGUCUUCUAUGGAUAUUUUUAAGGUGAUUGAUGGAUAAAUCUGAUGUGAAUCCCUGAUUCAGCAAUUUUGUCCAGAUGUGAUUACGUAAUCUCAAAAGACAAAUUGUAUCAAAGUGUAAACAUUAAAAAGUUUGAAUAGAAAAAAUAAUGUGAAAAUGAUGUUCCAAGGAGUUCCUGACAACCGAUCAUUGAAUGUAGAACCAAGGAGAGGUAAAUUUCGUUAUGUAUCCUUUAUUCUUUGUAUAUAUUAUCUGUGUCUAACUCAUAUUAUCACUAUAUUUCUACAGCUAACAGACCUGAAUUGUAUGAGGUAGGAAUAUGGACAAACAUAUAUUAAAAUGAUAUAUUGACAAAAUUUAUUAAAUUAAGUGUGGUUAAAAAUGUACUCAAAGGCUUUAGAAAAUAACGUUGUUUCUGUAUUUACAGGAAGUGAAGCUUUAUAAAAGCGGACGAGAGAGAGAAAAGUAAGAUUUUAUGAUAUAUGUUAUCUCAAUUCUGUAUUAUUGUAUGUACAACAGCAUUAUCAACUGUCACAUUACAGGCAUAUAUGUAUGCCUCGCCUAAAUGUUUGUCACAUGAAUUAAUCAGAAUCAUUUGGGUGAUGUUCGUACCACAAAAAACACCCUUCCGGAAAGUACAUCACUUUGGGUGCUUUCCAUUUAAUGGCCUUACCGGUCAGACCCGAAUUCUUUUCUCUGUAUCAAUGGAAAGAUCUGGUCUAUGUUUCUCAAAUAUGUGGUGAAAAUGGGCCUCAUUCUAAUGUUAUCUAAAUUUCCCAGUUGAAUAGGUCCGAAGUCCAAAUGUUUUGUGUUCCGUUCAACAAUUUGACCGUUUUGACCGGUCUGGCCGUGUUAAUGGAAAGUGCCCUUUGCAAGAUCACCUGGAAGGUGACACACUUUCCGGAAGCGUGUAAUUGUAUAGUGUAUAUCUAUAAGGAUUCUGGGUAGUACUUAUAGUAAAAUUGAUAAUUAAAUUAUAUCAGACAUUCCAACUCUCCCGAUUUUACCGGGAGUCUCCCGAAAAUUCAUGCAAUCUCCCGUCUCCCGAUUUUUAUCAAAUUCUCCCGAUUUUUCAGAAUAUUCAGGAAAUAUCAUAAAAAAUUAUAAAUAUACUGUUUUUAGCAACAUAAUAGUCUGUCUCGGACCUUUUUUGAAGUUACUUUAUGGCAAUUUAUAGGAUCAUUUAUAACAACAUAGUCCCAAAAUGCAGGAAACACCAUUUCAGAAGACUUAAUUUUUAUUAUUUUUUCCCAGAAGAACUAGAUUUCAAUUCACUGAACAGUCUCCCUAAAUUUUACCUCCAGCAGUUGGAAUGUCUGUUAUAUAAUAUGGAUAUUCAUUAUUAUAGAUAUGACCAAUCUGUAUGUCCACCGAUGUAAUUACCAUUCUCGUACCCAGAGCCCUUCGUAAGCGCGGUGCGACGAGGGGCUCUGGCCAAAUCCAUAUUCCGAACUGGCAUCUGAUUGGCUAGUUCUAACACCAGACAUUGUUUUCUUACCAUGUUUUUAUGGUAUCCGGUUAUGGAUUUGGCCAGAGCUCCUCGUCGUACCGUGCGUAAGAAGGGCUCUGGGUACGAGAAUGAUGUAAUUACAUAAUCAUAAGAACUGCUAAACUGUGUAAGGGGUUGCUAUACCUCAGUAUAGUAAUGCAAAUUAAUGGGAAAAAGACACAAAACAGGCAAAAGACACAAAACUAUGUUAUUGCGUGCUAUUUGCUUUAAAUGUAUAAAUAUGCUUAAUAUGUUUAUAUUGAUAUAUAAUAAAGAAUAAAAAACACAACGGCUGGAACACAGGCUAGCUGUACCAACGACAACUUUUUGACUUCAAACAUAUUACACUGCAUAUCAUAUAUGUUCUUCAAAUAACAACUGAAUGAAAGUUUCUAACUGACCUUUAUGCCCUAUAUAUACUGGCCUUGAUCUGCUAGAAAUCAUUAUUGUAACACUCUUAUAAUCUGAAGCCUGCAUUUGCUUUCUAGAACUUUGUUUUCACAUGUAUUUAUACAUAUGUCAUGUUCAAAGCAUAUUUGAUGUGGCUGCAUCCACCCAAUGUACAUGUAGUACUUGUUAUAAAUAUAGACCACUAGCUUGCAGUUCACUUUACAAUGAGCUCUAUAUGACAUCUGGAGGACAUCCUACAAUAAACCGUGAUGCGGCUGCUCUUCAAUUUCUUUCAAUUAUAAAGAAAAUUUUGCUACUGGUCAAUAAGUGCGAGAAGAUCUGUAUAUCUACACAACAAAAUUGCCCUCACUGUUGAAUUUAAUUAACCCUCCCCACUUAAUACCCUUUUAUUGUUAUAGCAUCCUUAGUUUUACUCUAACGUCAAAUUAAAAUGAAAAUGAUUUGUUUCCUUAUUUUCAGAUAUGACAAUUUGGCUGACCUUUUUGCAGUGAUCAAUACUUUACAGGCCCUAGAAAAAGCCUAUAUCAAGGAUGCUGUUACACCAAAAGAGUGUGUAUAUUUACAAAUUAAUAAAAUUAUAAUCAAGUGUAGUGUACGUAAAAUAUAUCGAUGUUUAGAAAGAUUAUGAUGUUACUCUGAGUGUAUAUAUCCACACCGGGCGAGCUUGAAAAAUAUGCCCGGCCACGGUGGGAAUCAAACCUAUGACCUGAGCUACGUGGUCGUCAGGUCAGGUCGGUUACUCGGUUCGAGUAAGUGAUAUUUUGGAACAGAAUCUCGUUUCUUCAAUACCAAAUAAUGUAAUCUAGUAAUAUGAUUUUUUCUGUGUUCAUUGGUGUUGUGUACUCAGGUGAAUAUGAUGUUUGUGAUGUUGCUCUGAGUGUAUAUCCACACCGGGCGAGCUUGAAAAAUAUGCCCGGCCACAGUGGGAAUCGAACCUACGACCUUUGGAAUCAGGGUCUUAGCUAGGAUUUUAGAACUUGGGCGUGUUUCUAAAUGACCAGGGUGUGCACAUGUCAAUUACCUCAAAUAGCCAAAUUCGCGGUUCUAGUUAUUGUCGCCAACAACAGACCAUACCUGUGGUUGUUCUAUGCUUUGCAACCAAAUACAAGGCAAGCAUACGCUCAUAUUACGCACUGACAUUAAAAUAUUAAGUUUUUUCAGCAACUCUUGGGGGUAUUUAAAACCAUUGUAACACCAUACAGUUCCCAUUAUCCACCAAAAUAUUAAAACAUCACAUGCAGAUCACUUUCGCCAAUUUCAACAAUAACCGUAGAUUUUACAAACUUUCUUACAACGUACAGUGAAUAGGAAGAAAUUCUGUCUGUUAUUUUAUGAACCUACACAGCCUUAUAUAAAUAAUGAAACCGCAUUCAUUUUAUCUAGCCGUGUUUUUCCCUUUUUGGCCGCGAUAACACGGCCAACACGGCCCUCUGGCUAAGACCCUGUUUGGAAUACUAGCCCAAUCUCUGCCAACUGAGCUAUGCGGUCAGGUCGGUUCGAGUAAGUGAUACCGUAUUUCGGAACAGAAAUGUGCUAGCUUGCAAUAUUUAUCAGAAACACUAUGUUGGACAUUUUACAAAGUUAUAGCAUUACAGUAUAUUACUUUUAAUGAUGAUGAAAAGUUAAUUACAUUUUGAUUUUUUGAAAGUGCAUAUUAUAUACAGUAUGUUUUCAGGAGAAACAGAGUGGCUAAUUAAAUGCAGUAGCAUUGACUGCCAAGUGAACACAAACUGACUUACAUUUCAAUGUUUGACCUAGGAGCCUACUUAGUGUGUGUGUGUGUGUGUGUGUGUGUGUGUGUGUGUGUGUGUGUGUGUGUGUGUGUGUGUGUGUGUGUGUGGGGGGGGGGGAAGGUGAGAAUUUAGGUUGCCAACUUUACACCUCCAAUUUUGUAACUGCAUUAGUCUCAGAGUUUUUUUUUUGCCUAAUGUUUGCAAAUGUUCUAUUAAAUAAUAUACCCUCUCAAGGAUUUUAUAAAGUUAUCAUUCUCACUUGUUUUUUUAAGAAAUUCUUGAGGGGGGGGGGGGGACGUGACCCCACCCCAUAGAUUCAGUCGUUGUUACUAAGUUGCAAGACACAUCUGUCAUCUCACAAAAACAAGAACACAUGUACAAUGGGUUUUCAAAGUUUGAAGAACAGUGUAGUUAUAUUAAUCAUGAAAUUUUUUAUAGAUACACUGCAGCAUGUUCAAAGUUACUGGUUCAAUACAAAGCAGCUUUUAAACAAGUUCAAAAUGAUGAAUUUCCAACUGUGGAAAGGUUUAUGAAGAAAUAUAAGGUAUUAUAAUUGUUUGUGAAAUACAUUUAGACAUCUAGUAGUCGUUGUUUAUACAAUGCCAAUUUUCCCUUUUGACGUGUUGUCAAAAUUGAACCCAUGCAUGCAUUUCUACUUCGCAAUAUAUUGCCAAUAAUUUUGGUCUUAGCAAGCAAUAUAUAGUACGUACACGACGCAAAGGUAAAAAAAGACACGAUUGUGAGACAAAUAUAAAAUACAAAAUUGAAGACGGAACUUGCUCACACCUUCCUGUCUUAUUAGAUACUUCAAUCUCAACUUAAACAUUGUUGAUAUUAUGUUUCCUGCAGUCUGUUAAGUAAACUUUCAUAUUUAGUUGGAUUGUCCAGCAGCUUUGGAACGUAUCAAAGAAGACCGACCUAUAACAAUAAAAGAUGACAAAGGAAAUACAAGCAAGUGUAUCGCUGACAUUGUUAUGGUAAGAAAGUUUAUAAUUUGAAUGGAGAGCUGUAGAUUUCACCAUGAGUACCAGUACGACUACUUUUAAAAAAUCCCGUUGCCAGUUUGGCCCAUUGAACUAUAUAUAGAGUAUAUACACUGGAAAGAGAUGUCGGGGGGGGGGGGACUGAAGACAUGCUUUGCAGGUAGUGCCAGUCCAAUUUUGUUGAAAAAUGCAUUUUUUAUAAAUUUUAGCGUGUUAAUUUCCUAUUACGCUUUUCUUUUUCAUCGAAGACCAUACUACAGGACAAUUGAACUUUUCAUCCAAUUAAUACUUCAAUAAGCAAUAAUCGUUCAACUUCUGAAAUAUUCAGAACUACAGUAAUCGGAAAACCAGAUUUGAAUGCCAUUCAUUUCAGUAUUUUUCUUGCAAAUUUUUGCUCAAAAACAAUCUUUUGCUAGAAUUUUUCUCACUUUUCGAAACUCUCCACGGAGCCAGAGGCUCAGAGUUUUGAAAGUUAGUUUUUCUGCGCGUCGGCUUCAAUGAAUCGUAGGCCUUUUUCUUGGGAGUUAACUUGGUGAUUAAAUUAUUUGGCCACGGCUACAAAUUGUAUAGGGCGUCAGUACAUGAUGGUAUAAGAAGAUGGCGUAAGAUUGUAAGAAUAUACAUAUGGCGUGUCCAAAUAGACGAAAUCUCCUAGCCGUACUCGUAGUCAAAUCUAAAGCUCUCUAUUAAGAGUCGUUCACUACAGUACUUUGGGCAAUUGAUAUAUUCGAAAAACUACACGGCCAGGUAAAAAACAAAAGCUUUUUAAACCAUGAGACUUCAAUCAAUAAAUAUUCGUAUUAUUAAUAUCUAACUUCUACUGUAAUAAAAUUAACUAUAAUGUAGAGAUAUGUAUGCAGUACAUCACCAAAAUUACAAAAUUAUUCGUUUGUCAAAAUCCCGUUGAAAUUCUGGUAGAUUUCAUUUUUCACAUUCACUUUUUAUUUCUAUUUUUCUCAGCUCUUUAUAACUGUCAUGGAUAAACUACGUCUGCAAAUUAGAGCAACAGACGAGGUACUGUUAUAUAAUUAUUACUUUGUGCAGUAUAUAAUUUGAAUAUGCUUCGUUUUUUUAAUAGAUUGUAUUUACAAUAAAUUGGUUGUUAUGGGAAAUCUAAUGUGUAAAUUUUGGUUUAGUAUAUAUUCAAAAAAUACUUUCACGCAACCGAUCAUAGAUGAUAUUAAUUUGGGGGGUGUUUUCCAACAUGUACGUUGAAAUGAGAAAAUAAUACACCCUUUCGAUAAUUACGUCACACAUACUUUUUGGUCCUGGAGCCUUGUUCUCAUUAGUAAAUUGCGCAAGGUGAUUGGCUCACGAUUCAUGAUAGCGAGGCUCCUAGGCGAAAUGUCGUAAUUAUUGAAAGAGUGUAUUCAAUAGACCUUUCCCCUUAUGAGUGAAAUUUUGAUCUAGAUAUGCCUGGACAAAAAUUUCAUAACAGCUUGAAAGAACAUCACAAAAUUAGUAAUAUUCCGAAGUUUCGUUGCAAAAUGUUGUAAAAUGCGGAUAAUAUAGCCUUGCGAAGUUUGCCGUUUUUCAGUCAUUUUGCAUUACAAACGGGAAAUUGAUAAUCAGAUGAUCAAACUGAUCAAUUAUCAAUUUCCCAUUUGUAAUACAAAAUGACUGAAAAACGUCCAACUUCGCAAGGCUAUAUUAUCCGCAUUUUACAACAUUUCGCAACGAAACUUCGGAAUAUUACUAAUGUUGUGAUGCUCUUUCAAGCUGUGGUGAAAUUUUUGUCCAGACUUGUCUAGAUCAAAAUUUCACUCAAAAGGGGAAAGGUCUAUUGUGAUCCUCGUGAUUCCUAAAUUGAUGAGUUAUAUUUUAUUAGAUCCACCCAGAUUUGAGAGAUUUACUGGACACAAUGAACAGUUUAAGUAAGCUCGCCGAGGAUUUUGAAGGAAAAGUUAAAGUAAAAACAUGGUAGGUAAUUGUUGAUAAGCAGUAUCAUAUCUUUAACGGUAAAAAUGUUUCUGUGGCACAUUCAAAAAAUUGAUAGGCGCAUAUAAUAAUUAGCGAUCUUUAUAAGAAAUACAUGAACUACCUGAAAAUACAAGAAGAACUUCGACCUUUCCAGCGAAGGCCCUUCUCGGAACUUAGUUGGCCACUACACUCUAAAUUACAAUUCCUGGUUAAACUACCUGGUUAGCAAUACAGUACUCAUAUUUAGAUUAACUUAAUAUUCCUGCUCCAGGGUCCCCUGGUUAUUAUUUAUGCACCUAACAAUUUUACCAGAAAGUCCUGCAGUUUUAGACUCCAGUGCUUUGAAACGGUCCAAUAGGUCAGGUAUAUAAUCAUGUAGGUUUCUAAUGAAUAAAUCUAUAGCUAUAGUUCUGUACCAUGAAAAUAUUGAAGAAUAACAAGAAAAUAUUUUUGUUCUUUGUCUAGGCUGGAUACAAUGGGCCAAAUGAAAGCCAGCGAUGAGCUGUCGGAGGACCAAGCACGACAAAUGUUAUUUGAUUUAGAAACUGCAUAUAAUGCUUUCAACAAAUCUUUACAUUGA